CAUCACCAUCAAUCCAUCCUUGCAUUUGGAAGAAAAAAAUGGCUACUUCCCUACGUCUAAUUCUCUUUUCCUUCCUCUUCUUCGCGGCCGCCACAUCUUGUUCGGCAUUCAAUGUGACUCAGGUGUUGGGCCCGUUGAAGCAGUUCAGCACCUUCUCCAACUACCUGGCUCAGGUCGGCGUCGUGGGGAUGAUGACCAACCUCAAAAACGUGACCAUCCUCGCCGUCGACAAUGCCAACAUGGGCGCCAUAUCUGGCAAAUCGCGAGAGGAAAUCAAACGGGUGAUGACGAUGCACGUCAUCCCCGAGUACUAUGACUUGGACCGUCUCCGGAGCGCGCAAAACGGCACCGCAUUGAUCCGCACCAUCUACGUGCUGACGGGGCUGGCCAGGGGCAAAGAUGGAAUGUUGCUGGUUACCAAGAGAGGGAAGGGCGGUCGCCUCUCCUUCGCCAGCGCGAUUCUUCCCCGGUCCAAGCACACGGUCAACCUCCUCCGAUCCGUCGUCGUUCCCUCGCGGAACGUGUCGAUUUUCCACGUCAGCGGCGUCAUUGUCACGCCUCCGCCUGUCGUCAGCGUCGCCAGCGAGGGAGCCGGCUCCGACGCCGCAGGGAGGGUCGCGGUGUCGAGCAAGUGGAUGGUGCGGCGGGAGUUCCCCAAGAAGCCGGCGGUGAACGGCGGGAUCAAGACGGGGGAUUUGAAUCAGGUGUUCAUGCCGAAGAAUUUGAAAGAAGACGGCGACGGCGGCGAGGAGGAGGAGGAACUCAAAACGUCGGAGAAGGCGGAAUCGGACGCACCGGCCAAGGCUCCGUCCAAAUCCCCGUCCAAGGGCGCCUCGCCGAAGAAAUCACCGGCGAAGGCUCCGUCCCCGUCGAAAUCGUCGAACUCCACCUCCGGGGGAAAGAAGGGGAAGUCACCGGCGACCUCCCCGUCGUCGUCAUCGGACUCUCCUGCUCCAGCUCCGUCCAAGAAGAAGAGCGACAGCCCGUCUCCGGCGCCGUCAAAGUCGCCGGCAAAGUCUCCCAAGGGGGCAAAAUCGUCGGAAGCAUCGCCUUCAGACUCGUCCGGCGAUUCCCCGGCGCCUUCCAAGUCGGGUAAAGGCGGCUCGUCGUCCGACUCUCCUGCCGGCGGAGCCUCUCCGUCGUCGUCCGACGACUCUCAAUCAAACUCGUCCCCUCCGGCACCGGCGGCGGGUUCGGAUUCUCCGUCUGCGGAUAGCCCAUCCGACGCUGCCGAUGCGCCGGCAGCAGCACCUACCGGUGGUGCCGCUCAGAUGAGCCUUAACAAUGCCGGGAUGGUGAUGACGGUGAUGGCUUUGUGGGCCCUGGCCGCGUAACAAGUACGACGUCGUGCUGACUAUUUAUUUAUUUAUUUAGGAUAAAAAGAGAUUUAGAGGGAAAAACUAGAAAAGAGGUUUUAAAAAAUAACAAAAGCUAGGACUUCAUAUUUAUAUGUAUUUGGGGGCUCGCCGGAUUAACGGUGAGGGUGCACCACCUGCGGCGGUGGGUGGGCAUCGAAUUUUCGUCGCAAAAGAUGGUUUUGUUAGUGUUUAAAUAAACGAUUGGUUUUUAUAUGUUUUUGUUUCCUAAUACUGUUGUUAAGUAAACAGUUGGAGGGAUGCAAAAAAAAAAAAAAAAAAAUACAAUAACACUUUCCUCCCUUCAUUUUUGCUGCAUAAUUACUUGUAUCUUCUCCCUAAUUUUCCCCAAGUUAAACAUUUGCGAGGGAAUGGAAUAUACAUACAGUUUUUGU